AUGAAGGUCUCCGUGGCUGCCCUCUCCUGCCUCAUGCUUGUUGCUGUCCUUGGAUCCCAGGCCCAGUUCACAAAUGAUGCAGAGACAGAGUUAAUGAUGCCAAAGCUUCCACUGGAAAAUCCAGUAGUUCCGAACAGCUUUCACGUUGCUGCUGACUGCUGCAUCUCCUACAUCUCACAAAGCAUCCCGUGUUCACUCAUGAAAAGUUAUUUUGAAACAAGCAGCGAGUGCUCCAAGCCGGGUGUCAUCUUCCUCACCAAGAAGGGGCGGCAAGUCUGUGCCAAACCCAGUGGUCCGGGAGUUCAGGAUUGCAUGAAAAAGCUGAAGCCCUAA